UUAAAUUUUAAUUACUCUUAAUCUUUUGAGACAUACAUAACAACAACUCAGAAGAGAGGUGUUUGCAUUUUGCGAUCUCUCUCUCUCUCUCUCUCUCUCUCUCUCUCUCUCUCUCUCUCUCUCUCUCUUUCUAUCUCUUCUUUCUCUCUCUACAUUUCUCCAUUUCUACCGACGAAACCAAACUUUCUUCCGUUUGGAUCUCAUCAGAUAGCAGUUUGAACCUUUUGGUGCUGGCUCGUAGCUUGUACUGAAUACCAGCUGGUACAAUGAAGAAGGUUAUCGGUCAAACUGUUAGGGACCUUAAAAGAGAAGUAAAUAAGAAAGUGCUGAAAGUUCCUGGCAUUGAACAGAAGGUUCUUGAUGCUACCAGCAAUGAACCAUGGGGUCCUCAUGGAACACUUCUUGCAGACAUUGCUCAGGCGACCAGAAACCCUUAUGAAUACCAGAUGAUCAUGGCAGUAGUUUGGAAACGAAUUAAUGACACUGGCAAGAAUUGGCGGCAUGUCUACAAGGCUUUGACUGUACUGGAGUACUUGGUGGCUCAUGGUUCUGAGAGAGUUAUAGAUGAGAUCAGAGAACAUGCUUAUCAAAUAUCGACUUUGUCCGAUUUUCAAUAUAUUGAUUCCAGUGGAAGAGAUCAAGGAAAUAAUGUCAGGAAAAAAUCUCAGAGUCUCGUUGGCCUUGUGAAUGAUAAAGAAAGAAUCGCUGAGGUUAGGCAGAAGGCUUCCGUUAAUAAGGAAAAGUUUCGCAACAAUACACCAGGUGGAAUGUAUAGACCUGGUUCACACUCAAACAUGGGAAGCUAUGGUGAUCGAUAUGAUGAUGAUCGUUAUGCAAGCAGGGAGGAAGAUAAAAAUGGCUAUGGUUAUGGAAGAGAAAGAGAAAUGGGCUCUAGAGAUGAUGGAGACCGUUAUGGUAGAGAUUAUGAGGACCGUUAUGGCAGGGAAGGUUACAGAGAUGAUGACAGGGGAAGAAGUCGAAGUGUUGACUACCAAGAUGAUGCAAGAAGCAGGAGUUCUGAUAGAGAGCGGGAUUUCGAUGAGGAUGGCCAACACUCGUCUCGAGGUAGCAAUGCUAAAGUUGAAGACCAAUCACUGGAGGCAAGACUUCAGCGGAAGCUUUCUGAGCAAAAUGUUGGUGCUCCUCCAAGUUAUGAAGAGGCUGUCGGUGAAGCUCAAAGCCCCAUGCAGGGUGAAAGGGAUGUAGAAACAUCGGCGGAAUCUGCUCCAAGAGGCUCGUCCCCUCAUGCAAGUGAUAAUCCUAGCUUAACCUCUGUUCCUACUGGAUCUUCUCAUGUGAGCAAUAAUCCAAUUGAAGUAACUGCUGCUGCCAGUACUGCUGCUUCUGGAAUCCAGGAAACUGAGCCAACUGAUGAUUUCUUUGACCCGCGUGGUCCUACAUCAGCUGCCCCAACCACCUCUAAUUAUGGUGAAAUCGACUUGCUCGGUUCACUAUCAGACUCAUUCUCUUCAAAUGCAUUGCCCCUUGUGCCAGCUACAUCAGCAACUGCAACCCCUGAAGUAAACACGGGUUCAACAGCUUCCUUUGCAGCACCAUCAUCUGGGUCCAAUAAUUUCGAUCAGUCUUUUGAAGAUCCAUUUGGUGAUUCACCAUUCAAGGCUGAUACUUCCACUGAAUCUGCUCCACCUCAACACCAUACAUAUCAGAAUGCUGAGCCGUCCCAAUUAGAUGGUUUUAAUGCUGACACACUGUCUAAUUUUGGGUUUGGGGACUCAUUUUCUAUUGUACCAUACUCUGCAUCUGCUGGCAAUGACAGUCAACCAUUCUCUGCUAACUCCCAGUUUUUGUCCCAAGAUUCAUCAUCUCAACAGCUGGAAACUGAUAUUCUAGCUGACAUUCUUCCUCCUGCACCAUUACCCGAAAUAACAGCACAGCAUAACAGUUCAGCUCCUGCUUUUGGCCAACCUUCACCUUCCUUUUCAACUUCACCUGGACCAUUUUCUGAACCAACCGGUCAACUUACUCAGCCAGGUUUCUCAGCUGCAGUCAGUCAACCUGCUCAAACCCUUCCCACUAGUCAAUAUACCCAGCAAGGUUUUUCAGCUCCUAAUUCAUCUUUUUCAGCUACCACUAGUCCAUAUGCACAGCAACCAUUUCCUUCUCAUUCUGGUCAACCUGGCAUGCCUGGAUUUUCAUCAUCUACUGGCCAUUCUAUGCAGCCACCCUUUGCUUCUCAAGGUGGUCAAUCUACUGCACAAUCAAGUGGUCAUACCUACGGUGGAUUGUACUCCCUGGAUGCAUCUCUUACACCAGGAGCUCCAAACAUGUAUCCUCAAUCACAAAAUGGAUAUAAUGGGUCUAUGAACAGUGGGAACUACUUGCCGCAGGGAUCCUCAACAGGUUUUCCUUCACACAUGACUCCCCAAGCUCCAACAGCACAACCGUCACAAAUCACAAACUUUCCCCAUCAUGGAGGACCUACUGCUUCUCCUUCUCCAAUUGAUCAAGCAUCACAGUUGAACAACCAGAGCUUCUUUGGACAACAGGGGAAUGCAGCUCCUUUUAGCUCAUCAUAUACCCCUGAAGUACCUGCUCCCAGUGCUUCACCGUAUGCUGCUUCAACGGCAUCCAAUGCUUUGGUUUCUCAACCAUCCAAGGAUAAGUUUGAGACAAAAUCAACAGUUUGGGCAGAUACACUUAGCAGGGGACUGGUUAAUUUAAACAUAUCUGGACCUAAAACUAAUCCGUUAUCAGAUAUUGGGAUUGACUUUGAAUCCAUUAAUAGGAAGGAAAAGAGAAUGGAGAAACCCACUAACACACCCGCCGUAACAUCAACGGUAAAUAUGGGUAAAGCUAUGGGAUCGGGUUCAGGAAUAGGUCGUGCUGGUGCCGGUGCUCUCAGACCUAAUCCAAACUCGAUGAUGGGUUCUGGAAUGGGCAUGGGCAUGGGUAUGGGCAUGGGUAUGGGCAAUGCUCCCGGUGGUAUGGGUAUGGGAGGUUAUGGUGGAGGAAUGAAUCCAUCCAUGGGUAUGGGUGGAAUGGGUAUGGGUGGUAUGGGGGGAAUGGGUAUGGGUCAAGGAUACCAUAUGCAACCCCCUGCUGGAAUGCCUCCUGGUUCAAACAUGCCAGGUAACUAUAAUAACAACAUGAUGGGUCCGGGUGGUUAUGCUCAACAACCUUAUGGCGGCUACAGAUGAGAUUGAACAUUAUUGAUAGAUGGAAAGGUGAAGUAUUGUUAAUUGUUUUGCUAAAAGCUGAGAGAUGCCAUUUUGAUACCGGUGCCUACGAAUAGUCCACAUCGACAUUUGGAUUUUCAGUAAAGAUAUCAACAUUUGGAUUUUAUAGUAGUCUAUCAUUGAAGUUGAAAUUUUCUGUAAAGUGACCCAGUGUGGUGUAUGUUUAUUCUUCUUUAUAAAUGUGCUAUUACCAUUCUUUUCUUUUUUGGGGUCACCUUUCUGUAGGUGCUUUCAGUAUCAGUGUUGUGUACCAGUGACGGGAGAUUGAAUAACCUUACUUGGGUUAUUUCUUCAUUUGCCCGUUCCUCAUUUUUUUGAACACCAACAGGUGGUUUGAUGAUAUUAAUAUAUUCUUUCUCAUUUUACUUUUAA